GGGGAGCCAGACCAUGAAGAAGUUCUUGGAUAAGUGCAGUCGGAGGUCUUCUUCCUCUGGCUCCUCCACCAGCCAGAGGCAGUCCUCACAGAGCCCGGAGCAGCAGUGUUGGAGAACUUCUAGCCUCGCUUCUCCCAGACAGCUCAAAAACUACAAAGCCUUUGGAAAGAUCUACAAGGCUGCAUGCCAGGGUGAUGUUACCGCGGUUCAGCUCUGUCUCGAACGUGGAAAAAAAGGCGUCAAUGACCGAGACAGAAAUGACAGAACUCUUUUGCACUAUGCUUGUGCAUACGGUCAUCCUGAUAUAGUGACCCUCCUAAUAUCGUGGAAUUGUGACCUUAAUCUCCGUGACAGUGACAACAGCACGGCACUAAUUAAGGCUUCACAGUAUAAGCAAGAAGAAUGUGCGACCAUUUUACUAAAACAUGGUGCUGAUGUAAAUGCUACGGACAAGAAUAGGAACACAGCAUUGCACUAUGCUGUUUGGUUUAACAACACCUCAAUGACAGCCAAUCUGCUGGUACACAAUGCUGAUAUCACUAUAAGGAAUGAGGAUAACUUUACACCUGUCAUUGUGGCUCUAUUAAAAAACAACGAAUGUGUGUCACAGUUUUUAGACAAGAAAGCCCAAGUACCACCAGAAGCUGAUGAACUGGGCAGCGACUCCAGCAGAUCUGACCACUCUAGUUCCAAUCACUCAUCAAAGGAUGAAAACACGUCCCAGGAGUCUAGUGCCAAGUUACAAACAGAUACUUCAAGUACAGAAGAGGAGGUGGAAGAUCGGUUACAGAGACCGAAAUGUGAAAAUCUGAAGCCAAGAGUUAAAAGAAAACAUCAAACAGAAGAAUCAGAACAGCCUCAGACAAUCUUCGGUGGUACACGUUGGGAAGGACUUAAUCCAGUUAUUACGGCUCUUAUAAGAUACAACAAUCAGAACCUGAAAAGGAUUUUAGCAGAAGAGACCCAGACACCAAAGGAAGCUGAUGAACUGGGCAGCAGAUCUGACCACUGUAGUUCCAAUCACUCAUCAAAGGAUGAAAACACGGCCCAGGAGUCUAGUCCCAAGUCACGAACAGAUGCUCCAAGUAGAGAAGAGGACAUGCGAAAUCGAUUAGAGAGACUGGAACAUAGGUUUCAGAAGCUAAAAGAUAAAAGACAACAUCAAUUAGAAGAAUUAGAACAGCCUCAGAUGACCUUGGAUGGUACAAGUGGGGCCCAGACAUUUAGCUCCCAGUCACAAACAGAUGCUGCAAGUAGAGAAGAGGACAUGCUGGAGCAGCUAGAGAGACUGAAACGUGACUUUCUGCAGCUAAAAGUUAAAAUAGAAUGUCAAACAGAAGAAUUAGAACAUCCUCAGAUGACCUUGGAUGGUACAAGUGGGGCCCAGAUGUUUAGCUCCCAGUCACGAAAAGAUGCUGCAAGUAGAGAAGAGGACAUGCUGGAGCAGCUAGAGAGACUGGAACGUAGGUGUCAGAAGCUAAAAGUUGAAAGACAACGUCAAAUAGAAGAAUUAGGACAGCCUCAGAUGACCUUGGAUGGUACAAGUGGGGCCCAGACGUUUAACUCCCAGUCACGAAAAGAUGCUGCAAGUAGAGAAGAGGACAUGCUGGAGCAGCUAGAGAGAUUGAAUCGUGACUUUCUGCAGCUAAAAGUUAAAAUAAAAUGUCCAAUAGAAGAAUUAGAAAAGCCUCACGUGACCUUGGAUGGUACAAGUGGGGCCCAGGAGUUUAGAUCCCAGUCACGAAAAGAUACUGCAAGUAGUGAAGAGGACAUGCUGGAGCAGCUAGAGAGUUCGAAAUAUGACUUUCUGCAACCAAAAGUUAAAACAGGAUGUCGAACAGAAGAAUUAGAACAUCCUCACAUGAACUCGGGUGGUAAAAGUUGGGCCCAGGAGUUUAGAUCCCAGUCACGAAAAGAUACUGCAAGUAGUGAAGAGGACAUGCUGGAGCAGCUAGAGAGUUCGAAAUAUGACUUUCUGCAACCAAAAGUUAAAACAGGACGUCGAACAGAAGAAUUAGAACAUCCUCACAUGAACUCGGGUGGUAAAAGUUGGGCCCAGGAGUUUAGAUCCCAGUCACGAAAAGAUACUGCAAGUAGUGAAGAGGACAUGCUGGAGCAGCUAGAGAGUUCGAAAUAUGACUUUCUGCAACCAAAAGUUAAAACAGGACGUCGAACAGAAGAAUUAGAACAUCCUCACAUGAACUCGGGUGGUAAAAGUUGGGCCCAGGAGUUUAGAUCCCAGUCACGAAAAGAUACUGCAAGUAGUGAAGAGGACAUGCUGGAGCAGCUAGAGAGUUCGAAAUAUGACUUUCUGCAACCAAAAGUUAAAACAGGACGUCGAACAGAAGAAUUAGAACAUCCUCACAUGAACUCGGGUGGUAAAAGUUGGAUGUUUAGCUCCCAGUCACGAAAAGAUGCUGCAAGUAGAGAAGAGGAGAUACUGGAGCAGCUAGAGAGUUCGAAACAUGACUUUGUGCAGCUAAAAGGUACAACAAAAUGUGAAACAGAAGAAUUAGAACAGCCUGAGAUGACCUUGGGUGGUACAAGUUGGACUUUUAGCUCCAAGUCACGAAAAGAUGCUUCAAGUCGAGAAGAGGACAUGCUGGAGCAGCAAGAGAGUUCGAAACAUGACUUUGUGCAGCUAAAAGUUAAGACAGAAUGUCGAACAGAAGAAUUAGAACAGCCUCAGAUGACCUUGGAUGGUACAAGUUGGACGUUUAGCUCCAAGUCACGAAAAGAUGCUGCAAGUAGUGAAGAGGACAUGCUGGAGCAGUUAGAGAGUUCGAAAUGUGACUUUGUGAAGCUAAAAGGUACCACAGAAUGUCAAACAGAAGAUUUAGAACAGCCUCAGAUGACUUUGGAUGGUAAAACUUGGACUUUUAGCUCCAAGUCACGAAAAGAUGCUUCAAGUCGAGAAGAGGACAUGCUGGAGCAGCAAGAGAGUUCGAAACAUGACUUUGUGCAGCUAAAAGUUAAGACAGAAUGUCGAACAGAAGAAUUAGAACAGCCUCAGAUGACCUUGGAUGGUACAAGUUGGACGUUUAGCUCCAAGUCACGAAAAGAUGCUGCAAGUAGUGAAGAGGACAUGCUGGAGCAGUUAGAGAGUUCGAAAUGUGACUUUGUGAAGCUAAAAGGUACCACAGAAUGUCAAACAGAAGAUUUAGAACAGCCUCAGAUGACUUUGGAUGGUAAAACUUGGACUUUUAGCUCCAAGUCACGAAAAGAUGCUUCAAGUCGAGAAGAGGACAUGCUGGAGCAGCAAGAGAGUUCGAAACAUGACUUUGUGCAGCUAAAAGUUAAGACAGAAUGUCGAACAGAAGAAUUAGAACAGCCUCAGAUGACCUUGGAUGGUACAAGUUGGACGUUUAGCUCCAAGUCACGAAAAGAUGCUGCAAGUAGUGAAGAGGACAUGCUGGAGCAGUUAGAGAGUUCGAAAUGUGACUUUGUGAAGCUAAAAGGUACCACAGAAUGUCAAACAGAAGAUUUAGAACAGCCUCAGAUGACUUUGGAUGGUAAAACUUGGGCCCAGACGUUUAGCUCCCAGUCACGAAAAGAUGCUUCAAGUAGAGAAGAGGAGAUACUGGAGCAGCUAGAGAGUUGGAAACGUGACUUUGUGCAGCUAAAAAUUACCACAGAAUGUAAAUCAGAAGAAUUAGAACAGCCUCAGAUGAGCUUGGAUGGUACAAGUUGGACGUUUAGCUCCCAGUCACGAAAAGAUGCUGCAAGUGGAGAAGAGGACAUGCCGGAGAAGCUAGAGAGUUCGAAACGUGAUUUUGUGCAGCGAAAAGGUCCCACAGAAUGUCAAAUAGAAGAAUUAGAACAGCCUCAGAUGACCUUGGAUGGUAAAACUUGGGCCCAGACGUUUAGCUCCCAGUCACGAAAAGAUGCUGCAAGUAGAGGAGAGGACAUGCUGGAGCAGCUAGAGAGUUCGAAACGUGACUUUCUCCAGCUAAAAGAAACCACAGAAUGUCGAACAGAAGAAUUAGAACAGCCUCAGAUGACCUUGGAUGGUACAAGUUGGACGUUUAGCUCCCAGUCACGAAAAGAUACUGGAAGUAGAGAAGAGGACAUGCUGGAGCAGCUAGAGAGUUUGAAACGUGACUUUGUGCAGCUAAAGGUUACCACAGAAUGUCAAAUAGAAGAAUUAGAACAGCCUCAGAUGACCUUGGAUGGUACAAGUUGGACGUUUAGCUCCCAGUCACGAAAAGAUGCUACAAGGAGAGAAGAGGACAUGCUGGAGCAGCUAGAGAGUUCGAAACGUGACUUUCUCCAGCCAAAAGUUACCACAGAAUGUCAAAUAGAAGAAUUAGAACAGCCUCAGAUGACCUUGGAUGGUACAAGUUGGGCCCAGACGUUUAGCUCCCAGUCACGAAAAGAUGCUGCAAGUAGAGAAGAGGACAUGCUGGAGCAGCUAGAGAGUUCGAAACGUGACUUUCUCCAGCUUAAAGUUACAACAGAACGUCAAACAGAAGAAUUAGAACAGCCUCAGAUGACCUUGGAUGGUACAAGUUGGACAUUUAGCUCCCAGUCACGAAACGAUGCUACAAGGAGAGAAGAGGACAUUCUGGAUCAGCUAGAGAGCUCGAAACGUGACUUUCUCCAGCUAAAAGUUACAACAGAAUGUCAAACAGAAGAAUUAGAACAGCCUCAGAUGACCUUGGAUGGUACAAGUUGGGCCCAGAUGUUUAGCUCCCAGUCACGAAAAGAUACUGCAAGUAGAGAAGAGGACAUGCUGGAGCAGCUAGAGAGCUCGAAACGUGACUUUCUCCAGCUAAAAGUUACAACAGAAUGUGAAACAGAAGAAUUAGAACAGCCUCAGAUGACCUUGGGUGGUACAAGUUGGGCCCAGACAUUUAGAUCCCAGUCACAAGUAGAUGCUGCAAGUAGAGAAGAGGACAUGCUGGAGCAGCAAGAGAGAUCGAAACGUGACUUUCUGCAGCUAAAAGUUACAAAAGAAUGUCAAACAGAAGAAUUAGAACAGCCUCAGAUGACCUUGGAUGGUACAAGUGGGGCCCAGAAGUUUAGAACCCAGUCACGAACAGAUGCUGCAAGUAGAGAAGAGGACAUGCUGGAGCAGCUAGAGAGAUCGAAACAUGACUUUCUGCAGCUAAAAGUUACAAAAGAAUGUCAAACAGAAGAAUUAAAACAGCCUCAGAUGACUUUGGGUGGUACAAGUUGGACGCUUAGCUCCCAGUCACGAAAAGAUGCUGCAAGUAGAGAAGAGGACAUGCUGGAGCAGCUAGAGAGAUUGAAACGUGACUUUCUGCAGCUAAAGGUUAAAACAGAAUGUCAAAUAGAAGAAUUAAAACAGCCUCAGAUGACCUUGGGUAGUACAAGUUGGGCCCAGGAGUUUAGAUCCCAGUCCCGAAAAGGUGCUGCAAGUAGAGAAGAGGACAUGCUGGAGCGGCUAGAGAGAUUGAAACGUGACUUUCUGCAGCUAAAGGUUAAUAAAGAAUGUCAAACAGAAGAUUUAGAACAGCCUCAGAUGACCUUGGAUGGUACAUGUGGGGUCAAUAAAGAAGUAAAUCACAUAUUUGACUCUAAUGAAGCAAUGCUACCAUAUCAGAGAAAGUCAGUGGACUGUGAGAUAUUCAGUUUUGACACUAUUAUAGAUCUGGUUGACCAGCUCAAAAGGCAGAGCAAAGAUCCUGACAUCCUACUUAUAAUCUGGUAUGCAAUUCACUCAUACAAAAGAUCAAUGGAACUUCAAAACUAUAAAUUUGAACUGAUUUCUGAGAAAAAUAAAAAAAUUAAAGAUCAAGUUAAUUUGCUGAAAAAGGACCUUAAAGUAGCAAAAGAAGCAAAGUUAGAUCUAGAACUUUUGAAGACUAAACUGCAGGGAGAACUGUCCAAUAUAAGGCUUGAACAGGAAAAUUCAAGUUUAAGAAAUAAAGUAAGACAGAAUACUGGGAAAGAUGAAGAACUUCUGAAAGAUUCAUCUGAAAAAGAUGAAAAACAAUUAAAGAAGUAUACUAAGGAAAAUCAAUCCCUGAAGAAUAGAUUGGAGAAGGAAUGGAAGAAAAAUAAAGAAUAUGUAAAAGAGCUAGCCAGGGUAAAGAACAUUUUUAAAAUGAGACAAAAGAACUUAAAUGAAGAAGAAAAUACAAAGUCUACUUGUCCUGAAGAUUUAAAUACUAAUCAAUCUGAAACAGAGGAGAUUAAUGUACUGAGACACAAGAUUGAUCUUGCCACAGAAAAGCUAAACCAAGUGUUAUUUCACUGUGAGCAACUUAAAAACGAAAACCAGCUUCUACAUCAGAAGGCUGAAGCUAUGACAGCUAUCCAGGAGAAACACAAAAUGCUUGAAGACAGACGGGAGAUGCUCAACCAGGAAUUCUUAUCCAUUGAAACUCACAUGCAAAAGAAUAUGAUAGAGCGCAGAGAGGCAGAAACGUUAAAGCAAGAGAUUGAAGAACAAUCCAGGCUGCAACUAAUGGAAGUUUUGGACGGAAUUUCUAGGUUUUCAAAGACCCAAUCUCAAGCUCAUGAAAAAGCAGAGCAGGAGAAAGAAAAUUCUUUUGCUUUGAAAUUAUCAGACAUGGAAUGCAGAGUCAAAGACCUGGAAUCCAAACUCUGUAGAGCCCAAGUUCAGGAAGAUUCUGUCAGAUUCAAGCUAGAGGUAUACCAGCAAUGCUAUCUUGACCAGCUAAAGGUUACAACAGCACUGACUAAACAAAUCAAUGCUUCCAAGAAUCAAGAGCAGGUGGAGGAAGAUAGUACUAGUACAAGGCUCACUUCAGAGGAAGAACUUAUUACACAUCCAUAUACCAGGGGAGUGUACAUUCCAGAGAAAACUGGUGUUUCACAUCAUCGUCACUCCGUUGAAUUCAAUGGAACGUUUACUCCUAGUUUGGGGACAUCAAGUCACCAGCAGAGAGUGAAAGCUCGUCAGCCUAAGUUGCCAAGAUUCUUGUAACCCACUGGUGGUUUGCCAUACAACUGAUGUGCAUAAAAGACUUGUAAACCUAAGGAGCAUAUCGCCUGGAACUACUUACAUAUAAAAGAAAGGUAAAGGGAGUUGUUAGAGGGAGAAGAUAAGAAACCUCACCUAAAGAUUUAAGGAGCAUAACAAGAAGAACUCUGGCACUUGAGUUAGGAAAAAUAACUUCCUGUCCUCAACUGCACUGAGGAGCUGAUAAUGUGCUCUAGCCUCUCCACCUGCCCACUUCCCAGAGAUAGUGUGCUCUUCCAGAAGUUCUGAUACAACCAGUCUCACAGGUCCAAAACUGCACAUGGAAGAACGGUGUGUGUUCCAGCCCUCCUACCUGUACCCACACACAGCUUGACCCAAGGAGGUCCAUUAUUAUCAGGCUCACAGAAGAGACAGACUCCAGUCAGAGACACGAAGGCCAGUUAACACCACAGAUAACCAGUUGGCAAGAGGCAAGUGCAAGAACAUAAGCAAUAGAAACCAGUGCCACUUGGCACUAUCAGUUCUCCACCACAGCAAACCCUGGAUACCCCCAAAAUACCUGAAAAACAACAUUCAAGCCUAAAAUUCCAACCCGUAAAGAUGAUAGAGAACCUUAAAGAGGACAUAAAUAACUUCCUUCUAGAAAUACAAAACACAGGAAACCAAGUAGAAGUCCUUAAAGAGGAACCACAUAAAUCCCUUAAAGAAGUGCAGGAAAACACAAUCAAACAGGUGAGGGAAUUUAACAAAACCAUCCAGCAUCUAAAGAGGGAACUAGAAACAGUAAAGAUAUCAUAAAGGGAGACAAUCAUGGAGAUGGAAAACCUAGGAAAGAGAUUAGGAAUUACAGAUGCCAGUGUCACCAACAGAACACAAGAGAUAGAAGAGAGACUCUCAGACAUAGAAGAUAUUGACACAACAGUCAAAGAAAAUAGAAGGUUCAAAAAUCUUUUAACCCAAAAUAUCCAGAAAAUUCAGGACAUAAUGACAAAAUGGCAGCCAAUAGAUUGGGAAAAGAUCUUUACCAACCCUAUAUCUGAUAGAUAGCUAACAUACAAUAUACACAAAGAACUCAAGAAGAUAAAGUCCAAUUAAUUAACCCUAUUAAAUUGGGGCACAGAGCUUUACAAAAAUUCUAAACUGAGAAUUCCUGAAUGGCAUAGAAGCAUUCAAAAAAUGUUCAAUAUCCUUCAUCAUCACAGAAACCAAAUAAAAAAGACUCCAAGAAUUCCACCUUAUACCAGUCAGAUGGCUAAGAUUAAAAACUUGGGUGACAACAGAUACCGGUGUGGAAGUGGAGAAAUAGGAACACUCCUCCAUUGCUGGUGGAAUUGCAAACUGGUACAACCACUCUAGAAAUGUCUGGAGGUUCCUCAGACAAUUGGGCAUAUUUCUACCUGAGGACCCAGCUAAACCACUACUGGGCAUAUACCCAAAAGAUGCUCCAACAUAUAACAAGCACAUAUGUUCCAUUAUGUUCUUAGCAGCGUUAUUUAUAAUAGCCAGCAGCUGGAAAGAACCCACAUGUUAUACAGUGGAAGAAUAGAACAUUACUAAGCUAUUAAAAAUGACAACUAAAUAAAAUUUGAUUUGCCAGCAAAUAGAAAAUAUCAUCCUGAAUGAGAUAACUCAGACCCAAAAGGACAUGAUAUAUACUCACUAAUAAGUGGAUAUUAGUCUAAAAACUCAAAAUACCAAUGAUACAAUUCAUAGACCAUAUGAAACUUAACAAGAAAAAAGGCCAAAGCAUGGAUGUUUUAAUUCUACUUAGAAGGGUGAACAAAAUAAUCAUGAGAGGUGGAGGGAGGGACCUGGAAGGAAGAGUAGAUGGGAAGGUAAAAGGCUGGGCAGGAUCAGGUAUAGGAAGAGAAAGGUGGGAAGUUCAGAGGGCCAGGAGAAGGCAUAGAAUUAUUUAGGAGUAGAUCAUGGGGAACAGGGAGAACUACUAGAAAGUCCCAAACACCAAGGAAUUGAAAGGCUCCCAGGAACCAAUGGGGAUAACAUUAGUAGAAAUACUCAACAGAAGGGAGUUAGAAUCUGAAGAAACCACCUCCAGUAGAUAGACAUGGCCCCCAAUUGAGGGAUGGGACCACCCUCAAGCUUUUUACCACUCAAAUUUUCCCAGAAUUGUUCUUGUCUAUAGUAAACAAUCCCCUUCAGCUCCUUCAGUCCUUCCUCUAAUUCUUCCAUAUCGAUCCCUAACUUCAAUUCAGUGUUUGUAAGUAUUUUCAUUUAUCUCAAUCAGUUGCUAGCAGAUGCUCUCCAAAGACAGCCAUGCCAGGCUCCUGUAUGCAAGCACAAUACAGCAUUAGUAAUAGCGUCAGGAUUUGGUUGUGUGCAUGGUUAGAUCCCAAGUUGUGCUAGUCACUGGCCUUUCUUUCAGUCCCAGCUCUAUUUUGUCCCUACUUUUCCUUUAGACAGGAACAAAUCUAGGUUAAUAUUUUUGAAAAUUGGUAGGUGUCCCCCUACCUAAGUUGGGGGCCAUGUCUAUCUACUGGAGGUGGUCUCUUCCAGUUCCACCUCUGCACUGCGGAUGAUUUUGGUUAAUGUCAUCCCCGUUGAGUCCUGGUAGUCUUUCAUAAUCCAGGUCUCUGAGACUUUAUAGAUGUUUUCCUGAACUUUAACCCCCACUGCUGCAUAUUUCUAUUCAUUUUCCUGGCCUUCUGCGUGUCCCUUCUGUCUCUCCCCAUACCCGAUCCUGUCCUUCCUUUUCACCCCCCCCUUCCCUGUCUCACCCAGUUUCCUCCAUCCCUCUGCCUCCCAUGAUUAUUUUGUUCCACUUCUAUGUGGGUUUCAGGUAUCCACACUUGGACUUUCCUUCUUGUUUUUGCUUCCUAGGGUCUGUGAAUUGUAUCAUGGGUAUUCUGAACCUUCUGGCUAAUAUAGCAUGAAGGAAAGAUCCUAUUGUGAAGACACUACUGCUUUCGACACAGGACUUGGAGGACUCAAACUGAAAUUGAUCUGGAAGUCUUCUCCUUGAAGAUGAACCUCCUGGUAUUGAAAGGAGGUAAUAAGUGUUUGUAGCUCUCAGCCCUCAUCGAAGGAGAAUCUUUUUGUAGCAGAUGGAGACUAUUGUUGAAGUUUACAAUUCACCGAACUGUAGAGAAUAAAUGACUGGGAGGGAAAGUCCAUCAUGGUGAAGGAGGCAUGGCAGCAGUAUUUAACCUUGGGUGGAAAGAAGAGAGAGCAAGCAAUCUGGAAGUGAGACAAGGCUAUAAACUAUCAAAGACUAUAUUCACUGUUGUCCUUUACAAGGAUCUGUGUGCCAAAGACACCAAACUGCCCGAACAGCAUCUUCACCUGGGAGCCACGUGUUCAAAUACCUGAGCCUCUGUGGACAAUUAUUACAGCAUCACUGAAGGAGACAACAUAGGAACUAGAGAAACACUUGUUACUAGACAGCACAUGGCACUAUAAAUUUGCUACUCUUGUUCUGUAUCUCAAACAAAGAUUCCACACUUCUGGAUCCAUCACAUGACAAUGUCUGACUCCGUGGUUACUAUUCCUCUCUAUGUGCUUAAAACUUCAGUGUCCAGUGGAAGCAAGCAGAGAAUGCUGAGUCUUUGUGACAUUAUGCCCACCAGUGACAAGAAUGCAGCUUCUACAAAUGCUUCUAUAGAUGUUCCAAGUUUUUGCUUAGGCUCUUACCUUUGUAGUAAGAUAAUAAAGCAACACAAAACAAGUCAAGCACAAAAGAAAA